AUGAUAGCCGCUGGAGUGAAUGGAUCCCCGAUGAUGGCGACGAGUCCUAGCGCCAGUCGAGCGUAUAGCCCACGGUUGGAUCGCGCGAACCAACUAGGAUCACUCGGUGGGGCCGGCCGGCCUCUCAUUUGGUAUAAAGUGGGAGACCAGGUCAGUAUCUACUUUUACUCCUCCACCAUGGUCAUAGGAACUGAACUCUCUAAUCUCCCUCAACGCUGCACCAAGACGUGCUCACCCAACGCACUCGACAACUACGACAUCCUCUGCCAAAUCCUACACCACAUCAGCCAGUUCCCCCUCGACAACCCACCAAAGUUCCUCCCACUAUCCUCCUUUCUCCAAGACAUUAGCGUGCAGCGACACCAAAAUCCCACACUCCUCUCGUGCUGUCUCGUCUCUCGCGCAUGGUACCAACCAGCCCAACGAGCACUCUUGCACACCAUAGUACUACGGACAUGCCAUAGGGAUAUAUGGUUUGAACGCGCCCCUUUGUUGGCGGGUGGACAUGGCCGACAGUGGGUCAAAAAGCUCAUCGUCGUGGGAGGAGGCGACAGGUUCAUCAUGGGCACCCCGACCUGGCCCAUCUGGGACCUCUUUCCCAACUUGGAGGAUAUAGAGAUCUUUGGGUUGGGCUGGAACACGGAUGGGUUGCUCGGCGAAGAAGGUCUGGCACUAGCCGCGCAAAAGGGAUGGCUCAGGGGAGUUUGCCGAUUAGAACUCACAGGGUGUUCGACGUCAGAAACUACCCUAUCUAGGAUGACUCGUCGAAUUAACUCGCUCGAGUUGCCCAAUAUCCUGAGGUCCCUGCCCAACCUCGAAUCCCUCAUCCUCAAAGGCGUCCGAUUCCAACCUCUAAUCACCAUCGACGAUCCACCUAUCUUUCAUCUACGUGAGCUCACGGUACAACGGUGUAUCUUUAACACUGCCGGUUUCUGUUGGUUGGUCGGUGGGAGCUGCGACUCGUUGGUCACCAGCGACAUCCAAGGGAGCUGCAUAUGGAACAAUCCCCACAACGAGCCAAAGGUGUUUACCACUCAAGUUGUAGAUGAGGACGAGGUGGAGCAACGACGUCGAGAGCUCUCUUCCACCUUGGACGCAAUCCUCAAAACCCUGCCGGUGAAUAUUCCCAUUUGCAAAGGUGACUGGAAGUGA